GCCACACCGACACCAUUGCCGAGUCGAUAGGUUUUCCAGCAAAAAAAAAACGCGAAUUAAUUGCAAUAACUUGCAGAUAGCAUAGUUUAAUUUUCGCCAGGACCAAAUCACAUAAAUCCAGACGCGAUGGAGGUGGACGAGGAAGAAUUCGAGGUGCCUUCGAGCAGCAGCAAGGGCGAAAAGAAGCGUUUCGAGGUGAAAAAGUGGAAUGCCGUGGCUUUGUGGGCUUGGGACAUCGUGGUGGACAAUUGCGCCAUUUGCCGCAACCACAUCAUGGACCUGUGCAUCGAGUGCCAGGCGAAUCAGGCAUCCGCAACCAGCGAGGAGUGCACCGUGGCCUGGGGCGUCUGCAACCACGCCUUCCACUUCCACUGCAUCUCGCGGUGGCUGAAAACCCGACAGGUCUGUCCGCUGGACAACCGCGAGUGGGACUUCCAGAAGUACGGCCACUAAAACCAGCUGGAGCAGCACUAAGAAUCCCUCUGAUCGCACAGAAUCAUAGAAAUAGCAUCAUCCCCUGCUCCCUGCGGACAUUUAAAGCUAUGUAAAACCUUCUUAGAUCUUAAGCGAAUGUGUUGGGCGGUCUGUGAGGAUUGGCAACCUCCAAGCAUUGGAGUUAUCAGUACCGCUGGCUUUCCCCGACAAACAACAAUUUUUGUAACGCUAAAAAUAAAAGCUGUAGAAGAUGGAGAACAACACAA